AUGAUACAAGAAGGGGCGCCGGGCCAAACCUUGCCGCACCGGUGCAACAUGUGCUGGAAUCCGCACCCCGUCGCACUUCCCCGCCAGGAGGGGACCGGCUCGUGCUAUGUGACUCGGUGUGGGCAUCUGUUCUGCGAGUCCUGCGCCUUCCGCCACUUCGGCCAGAGCCAGGCUUGCCCAACCUGUGGCCACGGCCUCGACGAGUCAGAAAUUCAGGACCUCACGUUGGGCCUCGAGCCGAGCUCCCUCCGUAGGAUUGUGUUCGAGGAGGCCCUGAAGGAGCCCAACCACCACAGCUCUUCGCAGGCGGCCCUCCGGACGGCCGAGCUCGCCAACGAGACUCUGGGUUUCUUGUUCUCCCAGAUGCUCCUGGAGAACCAGAGGGGGGCCGAGGCCACCUCCGUGCUCAAGGGUGAAGUGGCCAAGCUGAAGCACGAGCAAGGACGCGUGACCAUGCAGAUGAGAAACCAGAACGCCGCGGCCGACCAGAAGCACCGGGAGAUGGAGCACAAGCUCCGCGUGAGGACGAAGGAGCUCGUCGAUCUGCAGGAGGCGUACAAGGAGAAGAACAGAAAGUGCCAGGCUUGGGAGAAGGCCUACGCAAACCUUCGCUCUCAGACCACCGACCCCAGCAGGGGCGGCGGUUUCACACCUCCCGAAUCUCCGCGAGCAGGCGCCAUGCGCGGCCCUUCCGGCUCGUUCAACGGCGGACAGGGAGGAUCGAUGCAGCACCAAGGCCCUCCUCGGAGAGCCGCUAGUCCGGGUGGCGGCGGCGGAGGUGGCGGUGGUCUCGGCGUUGCGGGCAUGCCGCGCCCUGGUGAUCGCAUCGGAACCAACUCUCCUCACUCAAGCAACAGGGGUGUAGCGGGCUACGCAGCGGGCGGUGGUCGCAGUUCCAGGCCGUCCUGGCCGAUACCCCGUCCGAACACGUCCCGCGGCGGCAGCGGAAACGGCGCCACCGGCGACCGCGUUAGCCCGAUGCUGCGGCCGCGCGACGGGCAGGGCCAUUCGUCCCACUCCGUCACCCCAUCACCGACCUUUUCCGCCCAGCAGGGGAUGAGUGGCGGCCGGUUCGCCCCCAAGAGGCCGGAGACCCCGAUGGAGGUCCGUGGCUACUACUCCCGCAACGCCUCCCCCGGCAACCGGUCGAGCGGAGCCGGCGGCGGGGUUGGCGCAAGAAGCAGCAGCUUCUUUCCGUCCUCCAAAGCCGGAUUGUUCUAG